GUUAAGGAGAAACCGUAGACACAUAUGCGGUGCUGCUAUAAUAAACGAGGAGUGGGCUGUGACAGCAGCUCACUGUAUACAUACAAUUUCUGUUAUAGGAUCGAAGAUCCUUUGAAAGCAGUAACCUUGUGCAGUGGAUCUUCCAUUCUUUACGAGAAUUGUAUCGUUCACAACGUAAUCAACUUUUCCAUACACGAAUACUAUGACCCAAAUAUCGAUGAUUACGACAUUGCUGUUAUUCAAGUAACACCUGCAUUCACGUAUAAUGAUUACACGAAAGCGAUUGACUUGCCACUAAACAGACACGUUAGUAAAGAAUGGGGUACAAUCUGCGGUUGGGGACAUUAUCUGAAAUUCAAUAAUACUGUUGAUGGAGCUCUGUCGGCAAAUCUGAAAUGCGCAACAGUACCGCGUGUAGAUCACGAACUAUGCCAGAAAUAUUAUAUAAGCUUUCAUGCAGUGACACCUCGGAUGGCAUGUUACGGAUUCAAAGAGGGAGGCGUAGACGCUUGUCAAGGUGAUUCUGGUGGACCAAUAGAGCGUAAUAAUAUUCUCCUCGGUAUAACUUCAUGGGGAGAUAAUUGUGCUAAAGAGUAUUCGCCUGGUAUAUACACAGAUGUCAUAUCAUUUCGAUAUUGGAUUAAAAUAAAAACCGGAAUGGAAAUUUCUGCGCAUUUUUCAAGAAAUUUAUUAUUAUAACAACGAAUUUACCAGCAAAAAUUGCGAAUUUUCCGGAUUAUAUUACAAUGGAAGAGCAAGAACCCAAUUGCGUGAGCCAUCAAGAAGUUUUGAAUUAUUUAAAAGAUUAUGCUCAACAUUUUGAUGUGCAUCGAUAUAUUGAAAUAAUUGCACUAUAUAUCUGAAUAACCGCGAUUGCGCAAAAUAUGAAAAAUAGGCAAUAAUUUGAAAAAUAUGAGCGCUCGCAAUUUAAUGCGACCUUAUCUUACGUCAUGCGUAAGCAGUCCUGUAGUGUUUUUGGCCAGAUUGGACUUACCUAUUGCAUAGCCAUCC